CUGACGUCUGGAAUAAAGAAUAAACAGCGAAGAAGCGAGGUGUACGGCAAACUUCGACACGAACGCGCGGUGGCGAAGAAGCAACGCAGGGAGACGCGACAGAAAGCCGAAGCCGCCGCGCUCGAGGCGGGCGAAGAACCGGCGCCGAGACAGAUCCCGAAGACGAUAGAGAAUCAAAGAGUGCGCGAUGCGACGCAUAUUGAUGAUUUAAACGACGUGGACGUGGUCGAACAGGACGCAGAGGAUGAGUUUGCGUCGUAUUUCAGUCAGGCGACGUCGCCGAAAAUUAUCAUAACGACGAGCCGAAAGCCGAGCGGGGACAUGUUCAAGUUUUUGGAGAAUUUGUUCACGGUGAUCCCGAACGCGUAUUACUACGCGCGAAGGAAUUAUCAGGUCAAAGAGAUCGUGAAGCAUGGCACGGCGAGAGGGUUCACGGAUGUGUUGGUGUUUAACGAGAAUAAAAAAUUUAGCAAAGGCGCGAGAGUAAACGGGAUGUUGCACGUCCACCUUCCCGAAGGACCAACGUGCUUGUACAAGCUCUCUUCUCUCAAGUUGUCGAAGGAGAUCAAAGGUCACGGGAGGGCAACGAGUCAUUACCCGGAGUUGAUUUUAAACAACUUUAGCACGCGAUUAGGGCACCGAGUGUCGAGAAUGUUUGCGUCGGUGUUUCCGCAAAAGCCCGAAUUCAAAGGCCGACGCGUGGUGACGUUUCACAAUCAACGCGAUUUCAUAUUCUUCAGACAUCAUCGCUACGUGUUUGAAGAAAAGAAGGAUGCGGAGAAGCCACCGCCCGUAAACACGAUGAUUCAGGCCCGAUUGCAAGAGCUCGGACCGCGAUUCACGCUUCGACUGAUGUCCGUACAAAAGGGCACCUUCGACAGCAAGCACGGCGAGUACGAGUACGUUCGAAGCACCGACACCGACGGCACGAGACAUUGUCGCCGCAAAUUCGUCCUGUAA